AUGUCUCCUGUGUUUUCUUUUCCUUCUUCCCAACCCUACCUACAGUCUUUUGACCCUCCACGCCGCCUGUUUGUCCAGGCUGAUGUCCAUCAUCAUCCUCCCAGCGAUCUCCAUGUUGUUCACUCCCGUUCUUCUUCUCCUGCCGAGACCAUUGAGUCUGACGCCCAUGCCAGUGUGGAGGAGGGCAGUGCCAGUGUGGAGGAGGGCAGUGCCAGUGUGGAGGAGGGCAGUGUCAGUGUGGAGGAGGGCAGUGCCAGUGUGGAGGAGGGCAGUGCCACGGCUGCCCCGGCCAACACUGACGGGGCACCAUCUCAUUUCAACUCAUUCCACUUGGUUGUAUAUGCUGCAGCUUCUGCUAAUUUGUGUCCACUUUCCUCCGUCGCCGGAGGAAAGCUAUAUCUUGCUCUGGGGGACGUGAACAGCCAAGUAAACGCUUUCACCAGUCAUAUACUGGACCUCCAGUAUAGGCAUAUCCCUCACCGGCAGUAUGUGACCAAGCCCACUGAUCAGCCUUGUGUGGAGCAUCCAGCAUCCCUGGAGCCUAGUGUGGAACAUCCAGGAUCCCUGGAGCCUAGUGUGGAGCAUCCAGCAUCCCGGGAGGCUAAUGUGAAGCAUCCAGGAUCCCUGGAGCCUAGUGUGGAGCAUCCAGGACCCCUGGAGCCUAGUGUGGAGCAUCCAGGACCCCUGGAGCCUAGUGUGGAGCAUCAAGGACCCCUGGAGCAUAGUGUCGAGCAUCAAGGACCCCUGGAGCCUAGUGUGGAGCAUCAAGGACCCCUGGAGCCUAGUGUGGAGCAUCCAGGACCCCUGGAGCCUAGUGUGGAGCAUCCAGGACCCCUGGAGCCUAGUGUGGAGCAUCCAGGACCCCUGGAGCCUAGUGUGGAGCAUCAAGGACCCCUGGAGCCUAGUGUGGAGCAUCCAGGACCCCUGGAGUCUAGUGUGGAGCAUCAAGGACCCCUGGAGCCUAGUGUGGAGCAUCCAGGACCCCUGGAGCCUAGUGUGGAGCAUCCAGGACCCCUGGAGCCUAGUGUGGAGCAUCAAGGACCCCUGGAGCCUAGUGUGGAGCAUCCAGGACCCCUGGAGCCUAGUGUGGAGCAUCAAGGACCCCUGGAGCCUAGUGUGGAGCAUCAAGGACCCCUGGAGCCUAGUGUGGAGCAUCAAGGACCCCUGGAGCCUAGUGUGGAGCAUCAAGGACCCCUGGAGCCUAGUGUGGAGCAUCAAGGACCCCUGGAGCCUAGUGUGGAGCAUCCAGGACCCCUGGAGCCUAGUGUGGAGCAUCAAGGACCCCUGGAGCCUAGUGUGGAGCAUCCAGGACCCCUGGAGCCUAGUGUGGAGCAUCAAGGACCCCUGGAGCCUAGUGUGGAGCAUCCAGGACCCCUGGAGCCUAGUGUGGAGCAUCAAGGACCCCUGGAGCCUAGUGUGGAGCAUCCAGGACCCCUGGAGCCUAGUGUGGAGCAUCCAGGACCCCUGGCGCCUAGUGUGGAGCAUCCAGGACCCCUGGAGCCUAGUGUGGAGCAUCAAGGACCCCUGGAGCCUAGUGUGGAGCAUCCAGGACCCCUGGAGCCUAGUGUGGAGCAUCCAGGACCCCUGGCGCCUAGUGUGGAGCAUCCAGGACCCCUGGAGCCUAGUGUGGAGCAUCCCUGGAGCUCUACUCACCUGCAUUAUAAGCCGUCGCGCGGCCUUCAUCUAAUGCCUUCAGAAAAUUUCCUCACUCAGUCAAGCCGAGGUGGUGGAAGUCGUGUGGCUGGGUUGGCGCCCUGCCAGCGUGCAGUGGGGUCUACCACGUCUCCCUUCAAGAGGGUUGCAUUGGCUAAUUUGGUGCUGUCCUCACCGGUGGAUAGCACCUUGCUUGGAAUUGUGUUGCUCAGCGCCUUCAAGAUCGUCGUGCGGUGGUUAAAUUUAUACAUCAAGAUGUGUUCCAGGAGUUCCUAG